ACUUGGACACAAGUAACCUUUCUUCCAAACUCUCCUGUGAAUGUCAGCAGCAGAUAUACGGCUCCCUGUUGGGUUAAUGAAUGCUCUCACCGUCAAACGUCACUCUCGCUCUCUUUCUCUUUCACUCACUCUCUCUUUCUCUUUCUCUUUCACUCACUCUCUCUUUCUCUCCUCUCCAAACACAAGUGAAUUCACACAGAACACGGUGAACAAAACUUCCUUGUUUUCAAGGUCCGGUCAGCAGAGAAUGGCGGACAGCGAUUUGAAUCUGGUUUACCAUGGUCUCCUGCUACCUAAGAUAAAUCAUACAGAGGAAAGUCUCAACUACCUCCAGAAUUUCCAAGUCAAAGAUGAUGAUGUCUUUGCUGUUACCUAUCCAAAAUCCGGUACCACAUGGAUGCAGGAAAUUCUUCCUCCGCUCUUGAAUGGAGGAGACCUGACGUCCGUGGAAACCAUCCCUAACUGGGACAGGGUUCCAUGGCUGGAGGAAACACGAGCUUCAGUGGUCUUAGAUAAGCUCCCUUCACCACGAGCCAUCGUCUCCCACAUGCCUUAUAAUUUGAUGCCUUCCUCCUUUUUCAAGUCCAAGGCCAAGGUACAGAAAGCAGCAGAACAAUCCUCCUCUAAAGCUAAACAUAUGAAAACAAACAAAAUGUCAAACUACUCUCUGGUGCCAGAAAACAUUAUGGACAACAAGAAGUCACCCUUCCUCAGAAAAGGUAUCGCUGGAGACUGGAAGAAUCACUUCAGCCCUGAACUUGAUGCCAAGUUCACAGCUGUAAUUCAAGAGGAAAUGAAAGGAAGCAACAUCAAAUUCCCGUGGGAUGAGUGAAUCUCUUGUAAUGAUAUCUCGGUGCACAUCAAAAUAAACAGUCAUAGAUGGAACAUG